UCAGAUGCGAGGAAAUGUCUCCCCUGAAAAGUUUCAUUGCUUUAAUCUCAUGUGGCUUUCUCUGUCUUACUUCAAGUCAUGGUUCUGAAAUUAUUCAUGGGAAAGAAGCCUCGCCACACUCACUGCCUUUCAUGGCCCUGCUGGCCCUGGAGAACGGCAUACCGGAUUGUGGAGGGACAUUAAUCGAUCCACAGUGGGUCCUGACUGCUGCCCACUGUACUGGCAUGAAAACUGUGUUGCUGGGGGUGCACUCCAUAAAGAACAAGAUGAAAGAAAAAGACUCCAGGCAGGUCCAGAAGGUGAAGAAAGCAAUUCCUCAUCCCUGCUAUGAUGAAAACGAAAAUCUCAACGACCUCAUGCUGCUCAAGCUUCAAAAGAAAGCAAAGGAAACCAAGACAGUGAAAAGUCUUAAGCUGGCAAAAACUGUCAAUGAGCCGGCAGCGGGCACCAAGUGUCUGGCAGCUGGAUGGGGACGUACCAAUAGCAAGGUAGAGACAAUGUCGGAUGUCCUGAUGAACGUCAACGUGACUGUGGUCGACAGAGCGAAGUGUAACUCACCGGAGUAUUACAACUUCGAUCCCGUCAUCACCAAGAGCAUGGUAUGUGCCGGGUCGGACGGUAAAAAAGCUGCAGGUACCUGUAUGGGGGAUUCAGGAGGACCGCUGCUGUGCAAUGGGGUUCUGGUUGGAGUCACUUCAUUUGGAUAUUGGGAUUGUGGAUUGGUAAAGAAGCCUGGCGUAUACUCUUUUCUCACAGAAAAACAACUUGAUUGGAUCAAGAAUACAAUGAAAAAGUAUUGAGUACAAUGAGGGCUCUCUUUGAAUGCUUGGCUGUUUGAACUAUUUUAACCACUUCUGCUUUUAUUUUACAUUUAUUUUAUCCUGCAAGGCGUUUCUAUAUGUGUGACAAAUUAAAUAAAUAAAACCCAAGCCCUCCAGCUCUGCAGAGGGGACU